AUGCCUCUCACGACGCCGUCGGUUUUUCCGCCCAACGCGAAAGCGUUUGUUAAAUUCCCGAGUCGAAGGAGCGUUGUGCAUAACACCAAGGGUAUUGUGUCGUGCACACAGCCUCUGGCGGCCAAAUGUGGUCUCAAGGUUUUGCAAGCAGGCGGGAACUGCGCUGAUGCCGCAAUAGCUGUCGCUGCUGGCCUCAACAUCACCGAGCCGGGCUCUACCGGCAUCGGCGGUGACGUCUUCUGCCUUUUCUACGACGCCAAGACGCAGAAGAUCUCGGCCAUGAAUGGCUCCGGCCGUUCAGGCCACAAGUUCACCCCGGAGACGAUCCGCCACUCCCUUGGGAUCAAGGAUGGAGAGUACGGCAAAAUCCCCAUGAGCAGCGUGCACGCGGUCACGGUCCCCGGCGCCGCGGCGGGUUGGUGUGACGCUGUCGAGCGCUUCGGCAGCGGCAAGGUAAACAUGGAACAGAUCCUAGCGCCGGCUAUCGAGCUGAGCGAGCAGGGGUUCCCGGUCUCAGAGCUCAUUGGGCAUUAUUGGAACGCGGCAGAGCAGACUAUCCGUCAUGCUUCGCCCAAUUUCCGAGAGAUGCUCAAGGACGACCCUAAUGCGCCUGAUGGCGUGAGAGCCCCGCGGCCAGGCGAGAUCAUGAAGAACCCCACGCUUGCCCAAACUUUUCGCACCCUGGCCACCGAGGGGAAGACAGGUUUCUACACCGGCCGUAUUGCUGAAGAGCUGGUCAAAGUCGUUCAGAGUCUCGGAGGCCAUCUAGACCUCGAAGAUCUGGCCCACCACCUAGAAAUGGGCAGCGAGCCUGUCGACGCCAUCUCGCUCAAAUUCCGCGGCCAAGGCAUCGCCGAAGCGCUGAAGAAUAACGUCCUCGGUGGUUCCAACCCCGACCUGGACCUCGGCGUCGAACUCUGGGAACACCCUCCCAACGGGCAGGGCAUUGUGGCGCUCAUGGCCCUGGGCAUAAUCCAGGAGCUGGAACUUGCGGGGAAGAUCCCCACUUUCAAGGCAGAGGACUUCAACACGGCGCCCUAUCUCCACGUCAUUGUCGAAGCGCUACGCAUCGCCUUCGCGGACGCCAGCUGGUGGGUCACUGACCCGAACGUGGAAAAAGUCCCCACGGCGUCUAUGAUCUCCAAGGAGUACCUUUCGGAGCGAUCGAAGCUCUUCGACGCCUCCAAAGCCAGCAAUAUUGUGCACCACGGCUCACCCGCGCUGCAAAGCAGCGACACCGUCUACUUUGCUGUGUCGGACUCGGAAGGCAACGCAAUCUCCUUCAUCAACAGCAACUACGGUGGCUUCGGGACGUGCAUCAUCCCUAAGGGGUGCGGCUUCACGUUGCAGAACCGGGGCGCGAAUUUUAGCCUCGACAAGGCACACCCCAAUGUCAUUGCGCCCAGGAAACGGCCAUACCAUACCAUUAUCCCCGCUGCAGUGACGAACUUGCAUGAUGGGUCGUUGCACUCGGUGUACGGCGUCAUGGGCGGGUUCAUGCAGCCGCAGGGACAUGUGCAGGUGCUGCUGGGACAGAUUGUGGGCGGACUGAACCCGCAGCAGGCGCUGGAUGCACCGAGGGUGUGUAUUGGGGCGGGCAUGCCGGAGACAGGGAAGUCGUUGGAUCGUACGGUGUAUGUUGAGGAUGGGAUCAGCGAGGAGACCGUGGAGGGGCUGAGGAAGUUAGGGCAUGAUGUUGAGGUCAUGACGGGGAUUCAAAGAGGGCUGUUUGGUAGGGGGCAGAUUAUUCGGUGGAGUGUUGAUGCGGUUGAGAAGACGGGGGUUUGGUCUGCUGGGAGUGACAUGAGGGGAGAUGGAGCGGCCUAUCCAGAGUAG